UGCUGGUCCGGAAGCGGGGCCACAGUGGCUACUGUUUGGAAAGAGACAUGCUGGGAUGGUAUAUCCUACUGGUUGGGGGAUUGUGAAGCCCAGCACGUACUCCUGGAAUUCUCCAGACAGGUUAUGUCACCGGCAGAGGCUGCCCUGAAUCUCCCUGCAGCCUGGAGACUAUGUAUAAGAGGAAUGGUCUGAUGGCUAGCGUGUUGGUCACCUCUGCCACUCCACAGGGCAGCAGCAGCUCGGACUCUCUGGAGGGCCAGAGCUGCGACUAUGCCAGCAAGAGCUAUGACGCUGUUGUCUUCGACGUCUUGAAAGUGACCCCAGAGGAGUUUGCUAGCCAGAUUACAUUAAUGGACAUACCCGUGUUUAAAGCCAUCCAGCCGGAGGAACUAGCCAGCUGUGGAUGGAGUAAGAAGGAGAAACACAGUCUCGCCCCCAACGUCGUGGCCUUUACCCGGAGGUUUAACCAGGUCAGUUUUUGGGUUGUACGAGAAAUUCUAACAGCACAGACUUUAAAAAUAAGGGCAGAAAUCCUGAGCCAUUUUGUGAAAAUAGCCAAGAAACUUCUAGAACUCAACAACCUUCAUUCUCUCAUGUCUGUGGUGUCAGCAUUACAAAGUGCUCCCAUCUUCAGGCUGACAAAAACCUGGGCUCUUUUGAAUCGAAAAGACAAGACCACCUUUGAGAAAUUGGACUAUCUGAUGUCUAAAGAAGAUAAUUACAAGCGGACUCGGGAAUAUAUCCGAAGCCUGAAGAUGGUUCCCAGUAUUCCCUAUCUAGGGAUCUAUCUUCUGGAUUUAAUCUACAUUGAUUCUGCAUAUCCUGCCUCAGGCAGCAUCAUGGAAAAUGAACAAAGAUCCAAUCAGAUGAAUAAUAUUCUCCGAAUAAUUGCUGAUUUACAAGUUUCCUGUAGCUACGAUCACCUCACCACCCUGCCCCACGUGCAGAAGUACCUGAAGUCCGUACGCUACAUUGAAGAGCUCCAGAAGUUUGUGGAAGAUGACAACUACAAACUGUCGCUCAGAAUCGAACCAGGAAGCAGCUCUCCGAGACUAGUCUCUUCCAAGGAAGAUCUUGCAGGCCCCUCUGCCGGGUCCAGUUCUGCGAGGUUCAGUCGGAGGCCCACCUGUCCUGAUGCAUCUGUUGCCGGCAGCCUCCCCACACCUCCCGUCCCCAGACACAGGAAGAGCCACAGCCUGGGCAACAAUAUGAUGUGUCAGUUGAGUGUAGUUGAGAGUAAAAGUGCGACAUUCCCAUCGGAGAAAGCAAGGCAUCUACUGGACGACAGUGUCCUAGAGUCCCGCAGCCCCCGCAGGGGCCUCACCCUCACCUCCUCCUCUGCUGUCACCAAUGGACUCUCCCUAGGCAGUAGUGAGAGCUCAGAGUUUAGUGAAGAGAUGUCUUCAGGGCUGGAAAGCAGGGGACGUCUCUAUGCCACGCUGGGGCCCAACUGGCGGGUUCCAGUUCAGAAUUCUCCUAGAACCCGGAGCUGCAUCUACAGCCCUUCCAGGAUGAUGACUGACUGGUGGUGUCCCCGCAGCCCCACCGGCCCGUGCAUCUGUACUCUGGGGAGCGCAGCAGCAGUGCCCACCAUGGAAGGGCCUCUGCGAAGGAAAACCCUGCUCAAGGAAGGCCGGAAGCCCGCGCUGUCCUCAUGGACCAGGUACUGGGUCAUACUCUCAGGAUCCACCCUCCUGUACUACGGAGCCAAGUCCUUGCGGGGCACAGAUAGAAAACACUAUAAAUCCACACCUGGCAAAAAGGUUUCCAUCGUGGGCUGGAUGGUGCAGCUGCCUGACGACCCCGAGCACCCAGACAUCUUCCAGCUGAAUAACCCUGACAAAGGCAACGUUUACAAGUUUCAGACUGGUUCCCGAUUCCAUGCAAUACUGUGGCACAAGCAUUUGGAUGAUGCAUGUAAAAGCAACAGGCCUCAGGUACCUGCAAACCUUAUGUCAUUUGAGUAAGUCUCUGCAGGACGUGGCGUGACUUCAGAGGCUUCUGGGAGCCCAGGCUGGGCCUGGUGGAGAAGAGCAGUCCUGGGCACAGGCUGUGGGCCAGGGUGCCGGGAGACUCACAGCCGGACUCAGGGGACACGGCCUGUGGCCUCACAGUCCCAGAGGACUCCACCAGUGUGGGAUCCACCUGUCAAUCCCCAGCGACUCUCAUGGCACUCAUUCUGCAGCACCACCUCUUGGGGCGGUGUUUGGACCCGAAACUGUACACCCCGCCCUCCCUCUCUGGGCCCCCAUCUGUCCACCAGCUGCUUCUGCGACUAGAAAGCAUUCAGCCCAUGUUGGGUUCUCUGUGCUUUCUACUGCACAAAGAGUGGACAGUGUUAACCUGCGAAAGGGGCCCAAGAGAAAGAACAGGCUGUGGAACAGGCUUUUUAUACCCCAAGUGCACGGGGUUGCUCGCCCACAGGGCUGCCUCAGAUUUUGUACAACCCCCGAAGCAUCCUCUGCGUGUGCGUGCAAGUGAGUGUGAACUCUUUGAGAAACAUGCAUUUUGGCACAAGACUUGCGACAUCACACACUUCAUUCGCUUUGAGGCCCUGCUUUAACCUUAGGUUAUAGCCUUGUCCACCAAGGAAGGUGAGAGUGAGAGCCCAGAUCCCUCCUGUGUUAAGGGUCCCUUGCAUUCUUUUACUGUAAACAAACAAUGCCUUAAAUUGUGUCUUGUUUUCUGUUCCUACGGGUGCUAUUCAUCUGGAAGGCCUGCUCCCUGGGCCCCCGGGUCCCUUCCAGGCCUUGUUGCUGUCAGCCCUUCUGAGAUAGGACCCGACUAAGCCCUGGCCUGCUUGCUUCCUCCCAUCCCAUCUCCUGGCAGGGCCUGGGGCCCUUCUCUUCUCACCCGCUCCUACCACACCAGAAUGGGCAGUUGUGACAUUUCCUCUCAGCUCCCCUCAGAAGCAGCAUCAGAGGCUGCCGUUUUCCCGGUGAUCAGCUGUGCAGAAGCCACUUGGCACCAACCUCUCCCCGCGGGGCAAAGCCUUUGCUCCCAUCAUCUCACCCCUUUGCCUCCACUGCCAGGGGGGCACCCACCGAGGUUCCUGAUCACGAUGGGGAGCUGAGUGACACUGAGGCCUUAAGCUCCCCCAGUCUUGCCCCCAAAUGCAGUCACCAGCAAGUUCUCCAUUAUCCAAGUCCAAGGGCACAACUGUUGAUGACCAUGUGACAAGAGAGCAAAGCGCUGGGGAGCGAAGAGUCCAGCCUCUGCGUUCAGAUAGGAGCUCUUCACACAAACAAGGUCCUUUAUCUGUUACCUUUUGUCACAUCUUAAAGUGACUUUUAUUUUGCACAAGUACAUUUUCAUUCAAAAUAAUGAAUUACUCUAUAUCACAAUACCUUCUCCCCCAACCCCUCUGUAAUUUGGAUAUCCUAAUUCUGAGAAGGAAACUCUUAAACAGUUUUCUGAAAGAGACUGAAUUUCUGGGUUCUUGUUGCUAAUGAUUUCAGAGCUCAGGUUAAUCAGGCAUCACACUACCCUGAGGGUUUCUGGGCUAGAUGCUUCCAAACAGCAUCUCAGCCAUUAAACUGUAAUAGGUCAAUUUAAAAAUGACCAAAGACCUACCACUGUACUUUGAUCAAGCAGUAGCAACUUCUCUGAAAAUUCGAAUGAAUUGGUAAAGAAAGUAGUUGUCAUCGGGUUUCAUUUUGUGGUUGAGCCUUACUGUGCUCAGUAACUAAUCUUCCUUUUGAACAAAAACUAGAAUACUUUCAUGCCAGGAGAAACUCCAGAUGAUAAAGUUGAUGCCGUCAAACCUUGACAAUAGGUGCUUUGCACACCCACCCUGGAUGUGUGCACCUAAUUCUACCAGUGACUAUUCAAAUCAGCAUCUAGAGGCUGAUGACAACGCCAAAUACGCCAAACACCAAGAACCAUGCAGUGUUAACACUCUAACCUACAGUGAAUCUAGUUCUACUUGCUAACUGUUAAAAAAUCUUAAGUUUGGAUGAAAGUGAAAGAUUGGAACAUCAGCUACUUAUUUUCCUUGGGUUUCUUCACUCUUCAAAAUGUCCUCAUUUUUCACACAUGAAAUAUUAUAGAUGCCAACCCAAAACCCCAGAAUUUCAGGCACCACUAAAUCAGAUAAUUUUCUGCCCAUUAUACAUUUUUCUUAUCUUUCACAAAUGUUUUCUUCUGAGCCUAAUUUGAAAUAGCACAAUCACACUUCUCUUCAAAGUGUUUAGUCUUCUCACUAAUUGAGUCUGAUCCCAUGUCCCCUCCCAGGAGCAUUCUUAGCUUGGACUCUUGAAGAUUCUCUUUAGACUUUGUUGGCACAAGCCUAGUAGAACUUUUAAGAGCCCUGAACACACCGGAAGAGUCCUAGAGAUGGUGCUGGAAGAUACUCAGCUCUCUAAGCAGGGGCUUGGGGCCAAGUGUGUGAGUUAAGUGCUCACUGUCUUCCCAGUAUUGGUUUGUCCCUCAAGCCACGGAUGAGGUGGCCUGCACGCCUGGGACCGAGGGAGCCAGGCAUAAACUGAAAGUCCACGUGUGGAUUCCCACCCUGGAGGGAAGUGUAUCUGUUCUCUUCUCCUUGACUGUCCAUACUGCACAGAUGUUUGUGAAGCCAUUGAAGGUAUUAUGUCCUGCAUGCAUAUGCUGUAUUUUUUUUUAAAUGCAAACACAUCAUGGAACCCCGGAUAAAUUUUUAGAAAGCUGUCUACAAACUUUAAGUAGGUGGCUGGUAACAUUAUGAUGUUCCAAAAGCAACUCUCUCACCUCUUCCUGGGAAUAAUUUUUGCCCCUCUCAGUUGAACAUGAUUUAUAACUCAAGGUCAGUCAAGUGCGUUCUGGCAACUGAAAUACUUCAUGGAGGACUGAUUUGGUGGAGAGCAGUAGAGUGAUCUGAGCGAGCCCAGUGAGAGAGUGCAGCUCCUUCCCUGCCCUGACUAGAAGUCAUUCAGCACCCUGUCAGACUGUGAAACCUGAGGAAGUCGAUGCUUUAAGGGAUUCUGUUUGGGAAAGAACCCACUUUCUCUUGCCAAAUGAAUUUAUAAAGCAUUUUUUUCUUACCAAGAUGGCCAGUUUCUUUCAUCAUCUUACCCCCACCUCCCAAGAGAUGUAUCUUUUAGGAUGCCCUUUUACAGAUGGAAACAGUCCGUGAAAAUGGGAAGACAUUUGCAAGGAACAUCUGCUGUAUUUUUUGGGCGGGGCCCAGAGCUCUUCACCCACAUUGCUGAUGCUUGUAACCACCAGGAGAACAUUGCCAAAAACACAGCCUUCUUUUUUGUGACCCCAUAAAUAACUUAAAUCAGCUGUACAUCAUAUUGACAUUUCGAGUGAUUUCAUAUUUACAGAAGAAAAAACUACAAGAGACUUUUUGAAAUAACAGAUUCUCUGCAUAAAGCCACCCAUUCACUCAUUUAUUCAUUGACAUUGCUAGCAAGUGCUUCCAAUGUGCCAGGUUCAACCUGGGUCAUAAAUGGCUGAGAACAAAACAGAUUCCAUCUCUGCCCUCACGGAGCUUACCACAAACGAACAAAUAAUCCCCGGUGUGCACAUCUUGGGCAAGAUCCCGCCUCUCUCCUAGCCCUGAGUACAAAUCCUUUGCAUGGAUUCCUCCAGAAAUGUUUCAGAAGUCUCGACAGACUGAAUAGCCUCUUAUCUGCAAGUUCAGUUGCAGUGAGGACUAGCUGGAAUUGCUGUUCUAGAGGCUGGUUGGCUGCGUAUGCUGAGGAUUCUGAAGGUGGAGUGAGAGUUGGGUCAGAACAUUCACCGUGAAAACACAGUAUGAGUGAGAGCUGCCUUUUCUUGGGUGUUGAGAACUUGCAUCAUGGACUUUAGUCCACCUUGCAGCCCUGUGCUGCACAGGCUUGUGUACCCCACGGGCAGCCUCGAAACCCCUGCUUACAGCAGCAACACAAUAGAUCAUCUGUUUGUUUUAUAACCAUUCAUCUCUUUAUCCAUUUCUGAAUGACUGUGACCAUUCAGUAAUGAAAUAAUAGUAAUUAAUUUAUUAGUAUGGUAUAAACUUUAAUAAAUCUCGUGCCAAAAUGCAUGGUUUUCCACUUAGCUUUCAAAAUGUUGCAUAGAGAAUAGUUUUCAAUUUCUUAUGUAUUCUUCAAAGUAAGUUGAAAAUCAGUUUCUACAUUUUAAUUCGUUUGUUGUUAAAUCUGUUGCACUCUUCCUGGGCUGUCUUUUUUUCCAGCAGACCCCUGCAUGCAGUUGUGUAAGGACUUUCUCUAAUUCUUGUGAAUUGUCUCACCCGCAAUAACCACUGAACAUCAGCCCUUUGUGGGAUUCUUUAGAUUUUUGGUGAAGUAUUUUGUUACCUCAGUCUUGUAUCAAGUUGCUGUAUUUUUCAGCUUGUUACAUUGAUAAUAAUUGUUUCACUAAUUAAACACUUUAAUGUACAAACAUCUUUGUUUACUUUGAAAUUAAAUGUGUUUUCCAAUGAA